AUGAAAUCCCCCUCUCUCUCUCUCUCUCUCUCUCUCUAUCUAUCUAUCUACCUAUCUACCUAUCUCUUUAUACUUUUCCCAACAACAUCAAAUUCACUUCGAGGGAGCUGGAUGAUGAAUUAUUUUCCACAUACUCUCUCUCUCUCUCUCUGUCUCUCUCUCUUUCUCUCUCUCUCUCUUUCUCUCUCUUUCUCUCUCUCUCUUUCUCUCUCUGUCUCUCUCUUUCACAGGCGGGAUAGUGUUAAAAAGGUCGACAUAAUGAAGAAAUUCUCUCGUCUGUUUUCUCUCUUCUUUCUCUCCUUUUACUGUUGGGACUUGAAUCUGAUUGGCUCUUAUCUAGCACGCACGCACACAAACGCAAAUCGAGAACCCGCGAUCAUAGUGCAGCUCAGGUUACCUUUUUCCUCUUUUUUUUCCUCCUUUUUUCCGUUUUUUUUCCUCCUUUUUUCCGUUUUUUUCUCCAUUUUUCCGUUUUUUUCUUCCUUUUUUUCAAUUUUUUUUUCCUUUUUCCUUUUUUUUUCCCUUUUUUUUUCCUUUUUUUCCCUUUUUUUUCCUUUUUUCUUUUUUCCCCUUUCUUUUUUCUUUUGCCUGUUUUGUUUCUGUUUUCCUUAUCUUUCUUUUUCCCCCUUUUUUCUUUUUCCCCCUUUUUUCUUUUUCCCCCUUUUUUCUUUUUCCCCCUUUUUUCUUUUUUCCUUAUCUUUCUUUUUCCCUUAUCUUUCUUUUUUCCUUAUCUUUCUUUUUUCCUUAUCUUUCUUUUUCUUUUUUUCACUUUCUUUCUUUCCUUUUUAUUCUUUUUCUUCAAAUUAG